AUGGCCAGCGCGGAACAACCAGCUGAUGAGCGUAACAUUGAAAUAAAAGCACGCGUUGGUUCUGAUGAAGAAUUUACGCGUCGUGUUGAAAUUGCCCGAAAAUUAACCGAAUCCGAUGGUGAAACUAUUGUUCAUCGUGAUGUCUUCUUUAAUUCCCAAAGUGGUCGCCUUAAGCUGCGUUAUUUACAACCUCCAGCCAAAUCCCAAUUAGUUUACUAUGAUCGCCCGGAUGUGGCUGGUCCGAAAUUAUCGAAAUAUAAUAAAAUCGAAGUGGAUGAACCAGAAGUUUUGGAGAAAAUCCUAACAUUGAGUAAUGGCGCCAAGGGUAUAGUGGCCAAAACCAGAUAUCUGUUUAUGUACGGUCGAACCCGCAUCCAU